AUGUCUGGAAGUAGGAACGUUCAGCUCAGUGGAGGUCACGAGCCUGAAAUGCCUGUGCAGCUUUUCUGGAAGGUGCUGAGUGUGUUUGUAAAGCUUGGCGGUGGUUCCUCCAGCAGCAGCCCCACCUACUGCAACCAAAUGAUGAAGCGCCGGGAUAUGACAAAGAGGUCAUGCAAGCCCGUGAACACGUUCGUGCAUGAACCCUUGGCAGAUGUCCAGGCUGUCUGCUCCCAGGAAAACGUCACCUGCAAGAAUGGGAAUAGCAACUGCUACAAGAGCAGCUCUGCCCUGCACAUGACUGACUGCCGCCUGAAAGGCAACUCCAAGUAUCCCAACUGCAACUAUAAGACCCAUCACUACCAGAAGCACAUCAUUGUGGCCUGUGAUGGGAACCCCUAUAAACCAGUCCAUUUAGAUGCUACUAUGUAGGGCUCCACCUAGGCCAAACCAGUAAGAUG